AUGACUGGCAUUGUAGACGAGAUUAGUCAUGAAUUGCAGCGUUUUUCUAUGAAUUCACAAAGCAUUCAGUACUCAGCACAACCUGGAAGUGCACGGCGUGGUCCACUCGGGGAACAAGGCCUUCGUCUGCACCGACUGUGGGAAGGCCUUCGCGCGCAGGGCAGAGCUCAGGGACCAUAUGCGGAUACAUACUGGCGAGCGUCCGUUCUCGUGCGAGGAGUGCGGCGCGAGGUUCACUCAGCGCUCGAACCUGCACUCCCACCGCCGCGCCACGCACUACAACGACACCAGGCACCACUGUACCCUCUGUCCCAAGAAGUUCAAGCGGAGGAGGUUACUAGAGUACCACAUAAAGGCGACGCACACGGGCGAGCGUCCCCUGAAGUGCAACGUGUGCCAACUGUCCUUCGUGUACCCCGAGCAUUACAAGAAACAUGUCCGCAUACACUCCGGGGAGAGGCCCUACGUCUGCGAGAUUUGCGGCAAAUCGUUCAACUCUCGCGACAACCGAAACACGCAUCGCUUCGUGCACAGCGACAAGAAACCUUACGAGUGCGUCGCCUGCGGGGCUGGGUACAUGAGGAAACAACUGCUCUACGCCCAUAUGAAUACCAGCGUAAGCCUUACAAAACUUGCAUAUACUACAUAGCACUUUGUUAUCUCGGUCACCUGGCGGAGUCCAUCGUUGUCAAUCAACCUAGAGUCAUCAAAGUUACGGAAAAUGUUCGUAUAUUUAUAAAUAUUAACACGUUACUGAGGGGAACUAGUUCGCAUGCAACGGAUAUAACUGACCUAGACACAAAAACCAGUAAAUUUGAUGCGAUAUUCGAGGCACAGACUGAAUUGGAGGCUAGCAUCAAGUCCGUGAAAUCAGAAGCUGACGUGAAUUUAGAAGAUGCCAAAUUCUAUAUUACUGAAGAUAAGAAAUUAAUAUUGCAGGAUAGUGAUAAAACGACAUUGAAUUUAAUACAAGAAGGAGACGAGUCUACGCUUUUAACUAUACAUAACAUAGGAGAGAGGGCCGACGCGACAAUUUUAGAAGCUGUCAAUGCUGACCAAUUGUCUGAACAGACUGAAAUCGUAGCUAAUGAUGAGAAUGGAGGCAUGGUGCGACUGAUCCAAAUCAAAUUACCUGACGGUAACAACGGAUGGGUGGCAAUCAAUCGCUGA